AUGACGUCAAUUGGAAUGCGUCGUCCCCGUCUUGAGAGACAAAUGGCUGUCGAUACGAUGGAGGACCCGACCUUGAAAUGCUUGCCGAGUCAACGCCAAGCGAAUCAAUCGACGAAUGGUGCCACUUUUCAACAACCACAACAUCAUCACGCUCCACAGCGACAAGACACCGUCAUCUGUCUUGACUCGAUUGUUCUCCAACCAAAA